ACUCUUUGUUUUAUUAUUCUGUUAUUAAAUAUACAUACAUAUAUAUAUAUAUAUAGUUCUUUCUACUACUGUUCACUUAAAGUAGCUAACCAACACACUCCCUCAUCUGCCAUGCUGUCCUUUUGUGACAGUUAACAGCAUUGUUUGCAGACACUACUACAGAAAACACCUUUAACGGGUCGGUUUUUUGAGGUAGUUAUAAUACAUGGAUACUAAGUAGUGUGUACUAUGAAAGAGGAUGCUGUUUAUGUUGUGGUUGUUGACUGAUCUGAACAAGUUUAAAGUUAGUUGAGAGUUGAGUGUAUAUAUAUAGGUGCAGUUAUAUAGUUAGUUAGUUAUAUAUAUAUGAUGAAGGAAAGUGGGAGGAAACAAGGUGCAACUUCCCCUUGUGCUGCUUGCAAGCUGCUGAGGAGGAGAUGUGCCCAAGACUGUGUUUUUGCACCUUAUUUCCCUGCUGAUGAGCCCCAGAAGUUUGCCAGUGUGCAUAAGGUUUUUGGUGCUAGCAAUGUCAACAAGAUGCUGCAGGAGCUACCGGAGCAUCAUCGGGGCGACGCCGUGAGCUCAAUGGUGUACGAGGCAAAUGCGAGGGUGAGGGAUCCAGUUUACGGGUGUGUAGGGGCGAUAUCAUCGUUGCAGCAACAAAUCGACAUGCUCCAAACGCAAUUGGCGAUCGCGCAGGCUGAGGUGGUGCACAUGAGGAUGCGCCAAUCGGUGUCCUUCGCCGCCGCAGGCGGCGGCGGAAACUCGCCGGAGAACAUGGCGGCUUCGCCGCCGACACCCGCGUCUAGGCACGCGCCGCCGCCUUAUCAUCAUCAUCAUCAAACCAGGUCCCAUUUUAGCAUGGACAUGGUGAUGGACCAGGCAACAUGGGGGAAUAGCCAUUGUGGUUAUGCUUAGUAGGCUAGUGGUUCGACCAACAACUAGCAUGCUCGCAAUGUCUUUUUUUUUUUUGGUUUUUGGGUCUAAUAUUUUGUUGGCUAUCAUUAUGCUCUCUUUUCUUUAUUGUCUGCCCAUCUUUCUUUGUCACUUUUGCUCACUACACAUCUUUAUAGCUAGCACAUAUCCUGACACAACCCCACUGCACCCCCUUGAGAUGAUGAUGAUGAUAUUGAUGUAUAUGUUAUAUAUGAGCUAUUAUUAUGCAUGAUAUAUAUGCUUGUAGAUAUAUUGAUUAUGUGUGUUCUUGGUUGA